AUCUCCUGCAAUACUUAAUGCGGUGAUUAUGCAUGGUCACGUGAUCUCACAAACAACACGUCAACAAAGGACUUGGGCGAUAUUCCUGCACUUCUCCAUCAACCAUCCUGCAUUACUGUGCAUGUCAGCGUGUGCACAGAUUUUUCUGGCCUUUUUCGCUCCUUCUCAACACGGGUUGAUGAAUAUUCACGUGCCGACAGCCUUCCUGUGCCUUCCUGGUAUGUCUCACCUUGUUCCUUUGCUGUGCUUAUACUAUGUACACCCCCUUCAUACCUAUAUGCGCCCCUUUUCUGCUGUUAUACGCAUUUUUUACUCAUUUAGGCCUCCAGGACCUUUCUAAAGCACCUUUUG